UGCUGAUGCCAAGAUACUGUAGAUGACCAAACAAGACUAGUGUACCUCUCAGUGCAUGGACCCUGAACUGUGGAUACAUUUUCAUCCUGGAGCUGACAAACAAGACUUCUUUUCUCUUCUUCUUGGGACUCUGGACAGUUGUUCUGAAGGGCUUCUUACUUCGACACUUCUUUAUUCAUUUUGAAGGUUUUUCUUUAUUUGAUUGUCUGCUGUGAUCAGGAUGCUUAGCUCUGUUACUUUGCAACAGAUCAUUUCUACCCUGUUUGUGCUUGGCAGUGCUGCAGUGAUGUCUACAGAGGGUGAGUGUCCGGCUAAGUGCUCCUGUGCCCCCUCCCCUCCACUGUGCCCGCUGGGCGUCAGCUGGGUGACUGACCACUGUGGCUGCUGUAAAGUUUGUGCUAGGCAGUUCAAUGAGGACUGCAGCGCCACCGAACCUUGCGAUCACAUCAAGGGGCUACGUUGCCAUCUUGGGGCUAGAGGAGACCCCAAGAGAGGACUGUGUCAAGCUGAGGCCGAGGGUCUGCCCUGUGCGUUCAGCGGACAGGUGUACCAGCAUGGCGAGGAUUUUCAGCCCAACUGCCAGCACCGGUGCACCUGUAUAGACGGGGUGGUGGGCUGCAUACCCCUCUGUCCUCACCAAGUUCCCCUACCUGACUGGCGCUGCUCGUGGCCCCGGCUGGGCCGGCUUGAGGGCAGCUGCUGCGAGGAAUGGGUGUGUGAAGACGACAACCACAUCAGUGAGGAGCCAGACGAGCUGAAACACACCUCCCUACCAGACAGCCAGCCCCUUCCCAACCACAUCAGUGGCCUGUUGCAGGCCCAGCCGCAGCCUCUGCACCCAGCUCUCACCAGAGGGGUAGCGAUCAGAGAGAUGGUGUCCUACCCCAUGUCUGAGGUAUUACAAGAAUCCAGCUGUUUCCCACAAACCACUGUGUGGACUGAGUGUUCCACCACAUGUGGGAUGGGCAUUUCAAGUCGGGUUACCAAUAACAACCCAGACUGUCGUCUGGUCAGAGAAACCAGACUGUGCCAGGUCCGACAAUGUGAGCUGCAGUUUCCUGUAGUUAGCAAGAAGUGGAAGAAGUGUCAGCGAACUGUCCGCCCCCAAGAACCAGUCAGAAUCACCUUCGCUGGAUGCUCAACAGCACGGCGGUACCGCCCUCGCACCUGUGGGACUUGCACCAAUGACAGCUGCUGCACACCCUCCCUCUCCCGCACCGUGCGCCUCCGUUUCCACUGCCCCGAUGGAGAGGGUUUCUACAGAAACGUCAUGUGGAUACAGCGCUGCAGUUGCAAUACAAGCUGCCAUACACACAACAGGCCUUCCAGGCCUUCAGUCAGUCUUCACAAUGACAUCCACACCUUCAGGCACUGAGGCUGACUAGCCCUGGCCUGGCACACUGGGCGAAGGCUCUGCACCUAUCCCUACCUAAACCCACUGCCUCCCUGUCAGUAAGUUAGGUGGGAACCUCUGAGCUUCUGCCAUCCCUGUCCCCAACCAGGCACAACUCUUGCUUGCACUUUAAGCUUCCUGCCAUGAUGACGUCAGUUUGCCCACACUAGACGUGUUACCUCUGUAGCACCAGUGCAGCACUGAGGACAACACAAAGUAUGCUGCUGUGUUAAACUGCUGGCAGAGAGUUUUUACUUUUAUUUAUUUGUAAGGUUGUAUAAUCUCCACAGACGGCAACGCGCCUGUAUGUCACAGAGAAAGAAGGUUGUUUAGACCAGAAAAAGGGAAUGAUGCAUGACCAUGCAUCUUUUGUUACAUUGCAUUUAGAAUUAGUGAGGAAGAACUAGAUUACAGACUAGAUUAAGACAUAUUCAUUAGUGACUAUAUGGACUGUGUGUUCAUUAUGGCCUGUCCUUUGUCAUACAACAUUUCCUACAAAUGUGCUCAUUGUGUGUGUUUGUGUGUGUGUGUGUGUGUGUGUGUGUGUGUGUGUGUGUGUGUGUGUGUGUGUGUGUG